AAAAUUGUUCACUUGAAUUUGUUAAAUAAUUUUCCAGAAUUAUUCAUUCUCGUUUUUGUAAAAUAUUUGUAAUAUUUAGAAGUGUUUAAGUUGAAGGUAAAUUUAUAAAUAAAGACAUAAACGACUUGACUGAUUUAUUGUUUAUGAAUAAAAAUAUAGAAACACAUAAAUUUCAUAUAAUUAAAAAUGAAAUUAAAAUGGAAAUCAAUGGAAAUUCCAUUAGUUAUAGUAACAUGUCUUACAUGCUUUGCAUUUGCUGAAGAUCAACUUUUCUAUGAAGGAUGUAAACUGGCAACACAUUAUCAAUGUUUUGAUGGUAAAACGUGCGUUCCCAAGAGUUACAUUUGUAAUAACAAUUACGAUUGUCCGGAUCGUGAUGAUGAGGAAGAUUGUGACAUGAAGCUUUGUCGUGGUGAUUUCUAUUUUCUAUGUCGAAACAACGAGACAUGCAUUACAAGCUCACUCACAUGUGAUGGUAUAGCAGACUGUCCCGAUGCAAGUGACGAAAGUGACUCAAUGUGCGAUCCAUUGAAAGAGCACGAGAAAAUCUUUCGAAAACCUUGCAAUCCCGAUAAAGAAUUUGAAUGCGAAGGAAAGAUUUGCAUACCUAAGAAGCUUGUUUGUGAUGGAACUGAACAUUGUUUCGAUGGUCGCGAUGAAAAGCCAGAACUUUGUCAAAACAAGAAUUCAACAUGUCCAGGAUUUUUUUGUACUGAUGGGAAGAAAUGUUUACCAAGUCACAAUUGGGUUUGUGAUGGCUCGAAAGAUUGCCCUGAUGGAAGUGACGAACUUCAUUGUACACCCCAAUGUGAACUUUCAGAAGGAAAUUUCUUAUGUAAAUCCGAGGACGAAUGCAUUUCAUUGGCGAAAGUUUGUGAUGGGAACGAUGACUGCUUGGAUAAGAGUGAUGAAGGUGGUUUGUGUGAUGUAAAGGAUGCUUGUGAUAAACUUGGAUGUAAUGGAAAUUGUCAGCUUUUCCCUUCCGGUGCUGCAUGUUUAUGUGGGAAGGGAAGAAACUACAAUAAUGUCACGCAAAAAUGUGAGGAUAUCAAUGAAUGUUUAACUUUCGGAAUAUGUUCACAAGGAUGUGUCAACACUGAUGGUUCAUAUUACUGCACAUGUGCCAAAGAAUUUCGAUUAAAAAGUGAUCGACGAUCGUGUGUUGUUUACGGAGUUGAUCCACUCUUACUUUACACCACUCAAAAGCAUGUUAAAUCGAUUCGCAUUCAUUCAAAAAUGGCUAAAUUAGUUGCUAAGACAAGACAAGCUAUUGGAAUCACUUAUGAUGGUCAAAAUAUUUAUUGGACGGAAAUUUCUGAAGGUCGUGAAUCAAUCGUGAAAUUCAUACCAGAAACUGAACGGAAGGAAUCAGUUUUGACUGCUGGUUUGGAAUCACCUGAAGAUUUAGCCAUCGAUUGGUUGACAGGAAAUAUUUAUUUCACUGAUGCAUUACGAUCGCAUGUUGCAGUUUGUACGAGUGAUGGACGUUAUUGCACUCAAUUAGUAAAUAUGAAAGAGAUGAACAAUCCUCGAAGUAUUGUUUUACAUCCAUCUGAAUCUUUAAUGUUUUGGACUGAUUGGGGACUUCACUCUCACAUUGGCGUGGCAUACAUGGAUGGAUCUGAAGCGAAAGUUUUAAUUGAUGAUGUUGCAUGGCCAAAUGGUUUAGCUUUAGAUUGGCCGAAUGGGAGAAUUUAUUGGGUUGACGCUCAAAUUCAAACAAUCGAAAGUGCAACAAUCACUGGAACUGAUCGUCGGAAGGUUUUAGCUGGCGUUGUUCAACAUCCUUUCGGUCUUGCUUUGUUUGAAGAUCGUCUUUAUUGGAGUGACUGGGAGACGAUGAGUAUUGAGUCAUGUGAUAAAUUCACUGGAAAGAAUCACGAAAUUCUCGUUCAAGGCGAACAAAUCUUUGAUGUUCACAUUUACCACAAAGCUAUGAUGCCACAUCAAAAGCACGCUUGUAUGCUCAGUGAAAGUCAAGGAAAGAAAAUUUUUCUUGCUGAUCCAAAUACAAGAAAUGUCGUAACUUUAGUUGACGAACACAUUGUCAGUGUUUCUUCAAUGGCUUAUGAUUAUCUUGCCAACAAUCUUUAUUGGGUCGACUACGUUAAAAGUACAAUCGAAGUUUAUUCGUUGAAUACAAAAAAGCGCGCCAUCAUCGAACAUUAUGUUGGAAGUGAUAGACCAACUACGAUUGCUUUAGCUCCAUUACGUGGUGAAAUGUUUGUGGCACUUGAAUCGUAUAGACGUUGUCACAUCGACAAGCAAUCAAUGCAAGGUGGUCAUGACCAUCAUCAUAUCGUCGAAGAUGGUUUGAGUAUGACAGGUCCAAUUCAUUUUGCAAUUGAUGAGGUUAACGAGACACUUUAUUGGUCUGAUGGCGAUGGAAAGAAAAUUGAAAGUUCUGAUUUUAAUGGGUUAAGGAGAACGUUAUUUGCUGCAACGAAAAAGUCACCAGGUCCGAUUGCCAUUGUCAGCAAUGAACUUUAUUGGAGUUCAUUAAAGUCAAGAACAUUGCAAUGGCGUAAUCGACACACAAAUCGUGGAUUUAAAUUGGCAACAAUUGAAACACCACCAGGACAAUCACCAAAAUCAGACGUAAUCAGUGUUGUGGCUGGAAUUCCAUUAAAGACUUCAAACCAUCCUUGUACAAAUGAAAAUGGCGGUUGUUCAGAUAUUUGCUUAUCAAAUGGACCUGCAUCUCGUGUUUGCAUUUGUGCACCUGGCAGUCUAUUUAAAGAUGAUACAAACACAACAUGCAUCAGUAGAUUUGUUUGUGAUUUUAAAUGUAAAUCGUCAAAUGUUUGCAUUCAUGCUUCACAAAGAUGUAAUGGCAAACCAGAAUGUCUUGAUAAAUCCGAUGAAGAGAACUGCACAACUGAUGAAAUUAAAUUUAAAUGUGAUGCAACUGAGUUCAUGUGCAAGACCGGUAAUCAAUGUAUUCCGGCUGGACAACGUUGUGAUCAACAUAACAAUUGUAAAGACAAGUCAGACGAAGAAAAUUGCAACGAGAAGGAGAAGAUUGAACAUUGUAAGAGUCAUGAGAUGAGAUGUCCAUCGGGAAUUUGUAUUGACGUCACACAACGAUGUGAUGGCAUCAAUGAUUGUGAUGAUGGUUUCGAUGAGCGAGAAGAUUUAUGCAAACGAGUAAAUUGUCCAAAUGAAUUCUUUAAAUGUCUCUCAGGCCAAUGUAUACCAAAAGAAUUUGAAUGCAAUGCUUUCAUCGAUUGCAAAGAUGCUUCUGAUGAACAUUCCGGAUGUAAAAUGGCAACAUGUGAAGCGCCAAUGAGACCGUGUUCAAAUGGUUGGUGUAUCAAAGCAAAUCUUUUUUGCGAUGGUCAUGAAGAUUGUGAGCAUGGAUUUGACGAAAUUGGAUGUCCCGUUGUUGACAAAUUAAUGAAUGAAACAUGCGAUGAUAACGAAUUUCAAUGCACUUCCGAUUCAACUUUAUGCAUUAAAAACGAACAAGUUUGUAACAACUUCCCUGACUGCCCGAAAGGAGAAGACGAACAAGAUUGUCCAAAUUGUCGAAACGAUAUGUUUGAAUGUGCGAAUCAGCGCUGCAUCUUAUCACAAUGGGUAUGCGAUGGACAAGAUGAUUGUGAUGAUCUUUCAGAUGAAAGAAAUUGUGAUAAAACUUUAACAUUGCCACGAUUUACAGGAACUUGUUCUGCAUCUGAGUUCAAAUGUUUAGAUGGAAGUUGUUUAAGUUAUGGAAAAGUUUGUGAUGGUAAAGUUGAUUGUAGUGGUGGAGAUGACGAAGGUGGAGCUUGUGCAAUCGCUUGUAAAGACGUCAAUCCUUGUAAACAAAAAUGUAUUAAGACACCGAAAGGCGCUAAAUGUUCAUGUUAUGAAGGUUUCCAAUUAAGUUCAUCAGGUGACACACAAUGCGUUGACAUUGACGAAUGUAAAACAAAUGAUCCAUGUGCACAAGAAUGUUUCAAUACAAUCGGAUCGUUCAGAUGUGCAUGUCACGAUGGUUUCAUUCUCGCUUCAGACAAAACAACUUGUAAAGCAAGAGGAAAACCGUCAACAAUGCUUAUCACGAUAAGCGAUGAGAUCAGAGAAUUGACGAGGUUUCCAAAACGAAUGGAUGUUUUAGUUGAUACAAAUUACUUAGAGAUUGCAGACAUCGAUGUGAAUGUAAAGAAAAGGAAACUUUUAUAUACUUUAAAUGGCAAUAACGAGCUUUUUGAGAUGAAUAUGGAUACACGUGAUACAAAGCAUUUCAAAGUUGUUUCGAAUCCAUUUAAAAUUGCACAUGAUUGGAUAUCUGACAACACUUACAUCGUACAUUAUGAUGAUGAUCAAACGGUUGAGAUUCAUGUUUGUAACAUGGACACGAAAGGUUGCGCAGUUAUAAAGAAAUUUGGAUAUCAUGACCAAAUAACGGCGAUUCAAAUUGAUCCCGUCAAUCAUUUCUUGUUUUUCGUUCAACUUACCAACGCAAUUUUCAUUCAUCCAACAUCGAAGAUUAUUAAAAUGCGUCUCGAUGGGAGUGAUCAACAAAUUUUAAUGAAUGAAACCCUCGUAACGACACUUGCACUUGAUAUCGAUCUACAGCGAGUUUACUUCACUGAAUAUGAAUCGCAAAGUCUUCAAGUCAUUGAUUACGAAGGUCAAAAUCGAAAAUUUAUUACGAGACAGUCAAGAAUGAUAAGACAACCAUCAUCAUUGUCAGUUUAUGAGAACCAUGCCUACAUUUUAAACCGCGUCAGCUCGCAGCUGACACGAUGCAAAUUGUAUGGAAAUAUGGAAUGUCAUCAAACAGAAAUCAUGGGAAAUACUGCAAAACGAAUGGUCAUUAAUCAACAAUCAAGACAGAAGAUUGAUGCGAAUCAUUGCGAUAAACAUCCUUGUGAUAUUGUUUGUAUUCCUGUUGAUGUUGGUUUUAAAUGUCUUUGCACAAAUGGAACAUCAGUUUCGCCAGGAAUUUUAUGCCUUGGAAAGGUUCUUAACGAGGUGAACUCAACGAGUUACUUUUGGAUUUGGUUUUUCCUAAUUAUAAUUAUCUUGUCUGCAAUUAUCGCACUUGUCUGGUAUCGUCGUCGUAGUUUUCAUGGAAAGUUCAACAUCGGAAUGCAUUUCAAAAAUAAUUCUCUGAUGAGAGUUAGCACAGAAACAAAAUCAGUUCCAUUUCCCAGAACCACAACAUCAGACAACUUUGUUGCUUCAUCUGCUCCCGAAGUAAACAAGUUGAAUAAAAAUUCAUAUGAAAUUGUUAACGAUGAUUUCACAUACUACAAAUCAGCAGCUGACUUGAAUAUGGAGUCGAAUUCAACUGAAGUUAAUGGAUUUUCAGAUGAAGAAACUGAAGAAAUGGAGAAUGUCGACAUCUACAAUGAUCCCCAUCAACGAUUAAUUACUUAAUCAAAAUCACAUUUAUUAUUGUUCGCUUGUCUCUAAUAUUACAACAUUAAAUUUAAGUAACAAGUUUAUUCAUCAAUUAAGUAUUUAGAAAGCUUCUGAUUAAAUAAAUUCUUCUAUGUAAUCAACUAGUUACUCAUAAGUAAAUGUUGUAAUUAUGUAUUGAUUUUCUUCCAGGUCAGUAUGUUACACGAGUUAAUUGUUCAUACAUAAACUACAUGUCAUCAUUGAAUUCACUUAAUUAUUGAAAAACAAAAACUCUACCUUAGGAAAUCGACUCACAUGCCAUGACGAGGAUGAAACAAUAAAUUUCCUAAUUGGAAGAAAGGCAAAGAAACUUCCUAGAAUCAAUCAAGUGUAAACGGUAGAUUCCAAUUCUCGAUGAGUUUCAAUAAUUAAUUAAAAGUCAUCCAUAUCAGAAAAA